GCUUCUCUGACUCCCGGAAGUGGUUCUCUUCUACAGAGAUCAGCGUGACUUUCAGAGGCAGAAAUGGGAAUUCUAAGAGCUGCUUGUGUCAUCGGGCCCUGGCUAUCACAUCGUACCGGGGUGACUGCUAGGAAUCAGUUACUUCUGAACAUCUGCCGGCAUUGCUCCUCUGGCAUAAUUCCAAAUGAACGAAUUCGCAACAUCGGGAUUUCUGCCCAUAUUGAUUCUGGUAAAACAACCGUGACUGAGCGUAUUCUCUACUACACUGGCAAAAUAGCACACAUGCACGAGGUAAAAGGAAAGGAUGGUGUUGGCGCUGUUAUGGAUUCUAUGGAGCUAGAACGCCAGAGAGGUAUCACCAUUCAGUCUGCUGCCACUUACACCAUGUGGAGAAAUACCAACAUUAACAUAAUUGACACUCCAGGUCAUGUGGAUUUUACAAUUGAAGUGGAGAGGUCACUGAGGGUAUUGGAUGGGGCUGUCCUUGUUUUGUGUGCAGUUGGAGGGGUUCAGUGCCAAACUAUGACAGUUAACAGACAGAUGAAGCGAUACGGUGUCCCCUUUCUAACUUUCAUCAACAAGCUCGACAGGCAAGGCUCCAAUCCUGCAAGGGCCCUACAGCAGCUCAAGUCCAAACUGAACCACAAUGCAGCAUUUGUCCAGAUUCCUAUUGGACUUGAGAGUAACUUUAAAGGUGUCAUAGACCUCGUUGAAGAACGAGCUAUAUAUUUUGAUGGAGAAUUUGGGCAGAAUGUGCGAUACGACGAUAUUCCAGCUGAGUUCAGAGCAGAGGUUGCAGAUAGGCGACAAGAGCUGAUAGAAAGUGUGGCCAAUUCGGACGAAAUCCUUGGAGAGAUGUUCCUAGAAGAGAAAAUCCCAUCUACUGCUGACUUAAAGUUGGCCAUCCGAAGAGCUACACUGAAUAGGGUUUUUACACCUGUUCUGGUGGGAAGUGCCCUAAAAAAUAAGGGUGUCCAGCCCCUGCUAGACUCUGUAUUAGAUUAUCUUCCAAACCCCGCUGAGGUGUCCAACUAUGCCAUCCUCAAUGAACAAGCUGAAGAGUCUGCAAAGAUAUUAAUGAGCUCUCUCAGGGAUGGCACUCAUCCGUUUGUUGGACUGGCAUUCAAGCUAGAGGCUGGUCGCUUUGGUCAGCUGACGUAUGUCCGCGUGUACCAGGGAAUGCUGAAGAAGGGAGACUAUAUUUACAAUACAAGAACUGGAAAGAAAGUCCGUGUACAGAGGCUUGUCUGUCUUCAUGCAGACGUAAUGGAGGAUGUAGAUGAGGCCUAUGCAGGAGACAUCUGUGCAUUGUUUGGGAUUGACUGUGCAAGUGGAGACACCUUUACCAGCAAAUCCAAUGACAACCUAUCUAUGGAGUCCAUCCAUGUACCAGAUCCAGUCAUCUCUGUAGCCAUGAAACCUGCCAACAAGAAUGAUCUAGAUAAGUUCUCCAAAGGUAUCGGUCGGUUUACACGAGAAGACCCAACUUUUAGAGUGCACUUUGAUAAUGAGAGCAAGGAAACCAUUGUUUCUGGCAUGGGAGAGCUUCACCUGGAGAUCUAUGCUCAGAGAAUGGAGAGAGAAUAUAUCUGUCCUUGCACUAUGGGCAAACCAAAAGUUGCAUUUAGGGAGACUGUCAACAAAAGAGUGCCGUUUGACUACACCCAUAAAAAGCAGUCAGGUGGUGCAGGCCAGUAUGGUAAAGUCAUUGGUUAUAUUGAGCCUCUUGAUCCCGAAGAUAACACGAAAUUGGAAUUUGAAGACCUAACAGUAGGAACAAAUGUCCCCAAACAGUUUGUACCAGCUGUGGAGAAAGGUUUUCGCGAUGCUUGUGAAAAGGGUCCUCUGACUGGACACAGGAUUUCUGGCUUACGAUUUGUCCUGGAAGAUGGUGCUAAUCACAUGGUGGAUUCCAGUGAAUUCUCCUUCAUGAGAGCAGCUGAAGGAGCCCUAAAACAAGCUUUGGAGAAUGCAACUGUGGUCAUCCUGGAACCAAUAAUGUCUGUGGAAGUUGUAGCACCACAUGAAUUCCAGGGAGCAGUCAUUGCAGGUCUUAACCGCAGGCAUGGUAUUAUUCUGGGUCAAGAUGGAUCAGAUGACUACUGCACUAUCCAUGCUAAUGUUCCACUGAAUGAUAUGUUUGGAUAUGCAACUGAACUCCGAUCAUGUACAGAGGGGAAGGGUGAAUACACUAUGGAGUACAAGAAGUACCAGCCUUGCUUAGCCAGUGUGCAAGAAGAAAUCAUCAACAAAUAUCUUGAGGCAACGGGCCAACUUCAAGUGAAGAAAGGAAAGUACAAGAGUUGAUCUUACGUCUGAUUCCUAAUUAGAGACUUGAGCCCAGCUCUGCUUUUUAUUUUCUAAGAUUUCCCACCAAUGGUUACCUUUCUAUUAAGUCACCUUUGCAUUCCAGCCAUGCUUGGAGUGAGGCCACAGGAGAUAUUAAAGGUUCAUGGCUGGUUUUUGUAAAACCCCCUAAACCUGCGAUGUAGUUAACAUAAUCCACAAAGCUCCGACUGAAUUUGGAUAUGGUGAAAACUUAGUGUUCAUCUUAUGAAACAAUCACAUGUUCCUACAUGCUGUUUGGGUGAAAAGUCUUCAUCUGCUCUCUCAAGACUACCCAAGUGAUGUUGGUGAAUUCAGACUAAAUUGUAGACUGCUCUUUUCUUGGGGAACGAAAUCAUACUCUUCCUGGAAAUUCAACAGCUACGUGACUGUCUAGCAUUUCACUUCUGACUUUUUCUCUUCAAGAAUCAUUACAGCGACUCAUUACAGUGAAAUAAAGUUUGUUAAUGGUGACACUUCUGUAGAAUUUAGUUUUUUCAUCAGUCGUUUGUUUCUAAAACCUGUUUCUAAAACCUGUUGCUGAGUUUAUCCUGUGGCUUUAUAGAUGUUAUCUAAUUUAUUUGUUAGGUAAGCCUCUUUGAAAUAUAUCUGCCUCUUGACAAGUGAACCUGGUCACAAGAGUUACGUUCUGAUUGUACAGUCUCCUGACCUACAACACAUUUAUGGGUCACUAUACUGGAAUUAGAUUUGUUUUAUUUUAUAGCCCUCUAAGCAUAUUAUUUUAUUUCUAUAUAACUUUGAAAUCUAGCAAAUGCUCCUUAAAUAGGCUGUUGUACUGCAUAAUGUUGGUUAUUCUAAAGGCAUUUGCAUACAAAUCAUAUAAUCAGCAUUUUGCGGAUUAUAGUCACCAAUGCAAGCCAGAUAAAUCGGUAUCAGUGGAUAUCACUAGGUAGCCACAAAAAAGGAUGGUGUUGUCACUUUUGUUCCUUAUAAUAAAUUUGUGUCUGUGCUGU